AUGACUGAAAAGUGCGUCCACAAGGGAUGUGGCAAGACCUUUUCCGACCCGGAGGAAGACUGCGUAUACCAUCCGGGUCCUCCAGUGUUCCACGAAGGACAGAAAGGUUGGAAAUGUUGCAAACCCCGCGUUUUGACUUUUGAGGAAUUCCUCGCCAUUGCACCUUGCACUACGGGGAAGCACUCGACUGUCGACGAUACACCGGCUCCUGAGCCUCCUAAGGUCACUGAAGAACCUCCUGCCCCGGCUCCCGUCGAAGCUACAAAGACCCUGCCCGAGCGACCGGCAAUCUCCAAAGCUAUCCCAACACCAACUGCCCCCGCCAACCCACCUCCCGCAGAGCCUGAUUCCGAUGAUCCUUCUUUAGAGAUCCCUGCUAAUGCGACAUGCCGCCGAAGGGGAUGCGGUACUACUUAUACUGGAUCUGCUGCGCGGGAUGACGAGAAAUGUGUACACCACCCAGGCCAGCCGGUCUUCCACGAAGGCAGUAAGGGUUGGUCCUGCUGCAAGCGCCGAGUGCUCGAAUUCGACCAAUUCUUGAAGCUUCCCGGUUGUACAGAGAAGACAAGGCAUAUGUUCGUUGGCAAGGCCAAACCCCCCGGUGAAGAGAAGGUGGAAACUGUUCGCAACGAUUUCUACCAGACUACUUCUUCCGUCAACGUCUCUAUGUACUUGAAAAAGAUUGACAAGGAGCGCGCCACCGUCAAGUUCGCCGAAAACACCGUCACUUUUGAUCUCCCCACCACCGACAACAAGCGCUUUCAAGAUACCUAUAGUCUGUUCGCACCAAUUGAUACAGAAAAGUCAAGCUUCCGUGUGCUGGGCACCAAGCUGGAGCUGACACUUGUCAAGGGAGAUGGGACAAGCUGGCCAGUGUUGCGCAGCGAUGAUAAAUGGACCGGGCAACGCAUUCAGAUUGGAAAUGCUGGGCGCGCAUGA